AUGCGCAAGGAGAACAAGGCGAGCAUGGCUACGCAAGCAGCAGCAGAACCGGCAGCAGCAGCAGCAGCAGCAGCAGAACCGGCAGCAGUCACCGCAGAGGCCGCGCGAAUCUCCACCGACAAGACCGAAGUGGCAUCAGCGUCUCUUGCCGACAGGACGUCUGCUCCCGACGACGCCAAUGCCCGUGAGGAAAAAGCCCGCCGGCACGACGACGACCCCAACUACCCCCACGGCCUGAAGCUCGUCCUCAUCAUCACCGCGCUAUGCCUCGCCGUCUUCCUGGUCGCCCUGGACCAGACCAUCAUCGCGCCUGCUCUGGGCGCCAUCACCGGCCAGUUUCAGAGCGUCAAGGACAUUGGGUGGUACGGAAGUUCCUAUCUGCUCACCACGACGGCCCUGCAGCCCAUGUACGGCGCCGUGUAUAAGCUCUUCAACGUCAAGCUGGUGUACCUGGGCGCCGUCCUCGUCUUCGAGCUGGGCAGCUUGCUGAGCGCUGUGGCGCCAAACUCGACUGCCUUUAUCGUCGGACGAGCCAUUGCUGGGAUUGGAACGGCGGGCUUGUUUUCCGGCUCCAUCGUCAUUCUCUCCCUCACCAUGCCUCUGCGAAAACGCCCCGUGGCAUUCGGUCUCAUCGGCGGCAUGUGGGGGAUCGCGUCCGUCGCAGGGCCUCUUAUGGGGGGCGUCUUCACCGAAACGCUCACUUGGCGAUGGUGCUUUUACAUCAACCUCCCCAUCGGGGGGCUGGCCAUGGCCAUUGUCACGCUGUUUCUCUCCGUCAACCGAAACUCCGCCGACACCACGACAAUGACCUUUGCCGAGAGGAUACUGCAGCUCGAUCUUGCAGGCAUCGCCAUCUUCAUCCCCGCCAUUGUCUGUCUCAUCCUGGCGUUGCAGUGGGGGGGCACGGAUUAUCCGUGGAACAGCGCCAAGAUUAUCGGCCUGUUUGUCGGCUUCGGCCUCAUGAUUGCCGUCUUUGCCGGCAUCCAGUUCUGGAAGGGCGACCGGGGAACCCUACCGCCGCGGCUGUUUCGGGACCGCAACGUCUUCUUCGCCAUGCUUUUUGCCUUUUUCUUCGGGGCGGGCUUCUUCCCCCUCAUCUACUACCUCUCCCUGUAUUUCCAAGCUAUUCAGGGCGUAAGCGCCGUCAACGCCGGCAUCAAGAUCCUGCCACUUAUGCUGUCGACCGUCUUGGUUUCGGUCAUGUCCGGCGCCGUCAUAUCCAUGAUCGGCUACUACAGCAUAAUCAUCAUCCCCUGCAUGGUUCUGUUCGCCGUCGGCACCGGCCUGAUCACGACGUUUGGCCUCGACACGCCGUUUGGCAAAUGGUUCGGCUACCAGAUCAUGGCCGGGCUCGGCAUCGGCGCCGGCUUCCAGGUCGGCGUGCUGGUGGUGCAGACGGUGCUGCCGCAGGAGAUGGUGCCGGUCGGCACGGCCUGCGUGCAGUUCUUCCAGGCGUUUGGGGGCGCCGUGUUCGUCGGGGCGGCGCAGAACCUGUUCCAGAACGGCCUGAUCGACGCGCUCGACCAGGCCGACAUUGGCAUCGACGGCAAGCGCUUCAUCAACAGCGGCGCCAGCCAGAUCAAGAACGUGCUGCAGGCCAUGGGCCGCCUGGACGCCCUGGAGACCGUGCUGGAGGCGUACAUGAAGGGUCUGAGGCACACGUACUACAUAUCCGUGGCGUCCGCCUCGUGCGCGUUCCUGGCAGCGCUGUGUCUGCAGUGGAAGUCGGUGAGGAGGGGGCCCGGCGUGGACGGGGACGGGGACGGGGACGGGGACGGGGACGGGGACGGGGACAGCAAGGCUGCGGCAACGCCGAGCGAGGCGUCAGAUGGGGCGUUGGAAAGGGGAGAAAAAGAAUGA